AUGGCGUCAAGGAAGAAGGUUCUCUUGAAGAUCAUCAUUCUCGGUGACAGCGGUGUGGGCAAGACCAGCUUGAUGAACCAAUAUGUCAACAAGAAGUUCAGCGCAAGCUACAAGGCUACGAUCGGAGCGGAUUUCCUCACACGAGAGGUCCCUGUUGACGAUCGGCAAGUGACCAUGCAGCUUUGGGACACCGCUGGCCAGGAACGGUUCCAAUCAUUAGGCGUUGCCUUCUACCGCGGUGCUGACUGCUGCGUUCUUGUCUUUGAUGUGAACAAUGCCAAGAGUUUCGAAGCCAUCGAGGGCUGGCGCGACGAGUUUUUGGUACAGGCCUCGCCUCGGGAUCCGGACAACUUCCCCUUUGUUGUGCUGGGUAACAAGAUCGACGUGGAAGAAAGCAAGCGUGUGAUUUCUACGAAGCGAGCAACGACCUUCUGCCAGGCACAUGGGAUUCCAUACUUUGAGACAAGUGCCAAGGAGGCCAUCAAUGUGGAGCAAGCAUUCGAGGUUAUCGCCAAGAACGCGCUGCAGCAGGAGGAAGCGGAGGAGUUCAGUGGCGACUUCCAGGACCCGAUCAACAUCCAUAUCGAGAACGACCGGGACGGAUGCGCUGUCGCGCGCCGCACCAUAGGUAUCAGCAUGCUGAUGGUGACCGUUUUCCUGUGGACGGCCUCCAAUUUCAUGACCAGUUAUGUCUUCUCCGACGAUGCGUACAGCAAGCCAUUCUUUAUCGUGUAUCUCAACACGUCCGUCUUUGCCAUAUCACUCAUUCCUAUGGCCCUGAGGUUUAUGAUGGCAAACGGUGCCCGGGCUUCGCGUCAUGCCACGCAUCAACUCCUUAAGGGCUUAUACUGGGAUAUCCGGAGGACAGUGACACGCAAUGGUCGUAGGGGUAGUGGCGGCGAUGACAUCGAAGAUGCUGACAGCGCCCGGAAACUGCUCAACGAGGACGAGGAUGACGAGGACGACGAGGACGGUGGGAUUCUGCGCGAUAACCGGUCUCAUCGUGGUGGCAGUGCCGCUAACAGGGAAUUGGUAUCCGCUACCGGCCGUGAUGGCUAUAACGAGCAGUUCGUCGACGACCACAACAACAGAUACGGUAUUGUGGAGGGAGUGUUUGCGACCGAUGCCGUGGACUCGGACGGCGGCGACGAGAUGGGGUUGGAAGCCGGCAUGGGGACUAGAGAGAUGGCCGAAGCUCCCGGAGCAGAUACCUCUUCGUCAGAGAAGCUGAGCUUGCGUGCGACCGCCUGGCUCAGCCUCGAGUUUUGCAUGUUGUGGUUCCUGGCCAACUAUUUCGCUGUUGCCUGUCUCGAGUAUACGAGCGUGGCUAGUGCUACUAUCUUCACGUCGCUCAGCGGCGUGUUCACUUUGCUGAUGUGCUCGCUGGCCCGCGUCGAGAGCUUCACCGUGCGUAAGCUGGUGGGCGUGCUGGCGUCGCUUGCUGGCGUGGCGCUGGUCUCAUCGGUCGAUCUGUCGGGCAAGAGUGACGAGAACCGGGGCGACUUCCCGCACAAGACAACGGGCGAGAUCGCAACGGGCGACGCUAUGGCGCUGCUGAGCGCAGUGGUGUACGGCGCGUAUGUGACGGUGAUGAAGCAGCGCGUGGGCCACGAGGACCGGGUGGACAUGUCGCUGUUCUUUGGUCUAGUUGGCCUAUUUAACGUGGUCUUCCUGUGGCCGGGUUUGUUAUUGCUGCACGUGACUGGCAUCGAGCCAUUCGAACUGCCGCCCACAGGUCAUGUGUGGGCCAUCAUCUUGACCAACUCCUUGUCCUCCUUCCUCAGUGACUUGACCUGGGCAUAUGCCAUGCUGCUCACCACCCCACUCGUUGUCACUGUUGGCCUAUCACUGACCAUUCCGCUCUCGAUUGUCGGUGAGAUGUUUCAGUACGGCCGGUAUGCUAGUUUCACCUACUGGGUAGGCGCCUGCAUCGUCGUCUUUUCGUUCUUGUUUGUCAACAAUGAGAGCCAGGAAGUCGACAAUGCAGAAUCGCUAACCGAAGAGCAAGACUGA